AUGUCCCAGCCGCUUCCACAUGACGACUUUCCCGAACUCCUGGAAGCGCUGAACAAAGAAUACGUACAGGCACGCCGCAAACGCCUGCAUGACGAAUACGAACGCAUCACCCUCCCCUACCGGAAGGCGAUCGAUGACGCGGCUCGCUCCCUGACCGAGCAGGAGACCUGCAUGUUCGCCGCUCUCACUGAGGCCUUCAACCCACAGAUGGCAACCCGUAUCUGGGGGUUGGAGAUCGGCUCGGGGACGCUUCCUCGAGGGUCAUCGGUUCACGAUCCGGUGACCUUGCCGGUCGACGGCCACCUCGUCGACGGACCGGCGCUGCAGGAAGAUACCAUCACAGGCCACGGUUCGUGCGACAGUAGCAUAGUCGUGGCCUCGAGCACCAGACAGAAUAGCCCGGCUAAACGCCCACCAGAAGCCCAGGCCGGCCCGCGAAAGAAGCAAAGACAGAACACCGACUCGACCCCCCCGCCGCAGCUCACAAUCACGCGGACGGUGGAUAGCUCGCUCGUCCAAGGCCAGCACUGGGUGUUCCAGUUCCCAAGCGCCGGCCCGGGCUACUUUGUGAUCCUCUGUGACGGCGUGGACGGGAACCCGUUCCGGUUCGACUCGGAUCCGUGGAGGUGUGACCGGGCGUUCAACCACUUCAGGGCUUGUCCCACCAAGGAGAAGUGCCACGGGGCCGGUGCCGCCGGGGAGUAUUCCCCUGAGGCGAUCAUGGAGAGGUUCGCGUAUCGAGUCACCGGUCCCCACGUCGACGACGAGUGGGUCGCCGAGGCCAACCGGCCGCUGGAAGACGGGCGACGACGGGCCGCCAGCAAGACCGGCAAGGGAAACGUCAAGCUCACGAGGCCGGAGCUGCGUCCGACCAACCGGCCGCCGCGCGUGGCGCCGAUCCCCGACAUGGGCCCGGGGCAUUCCGGCGUCGACGACGUGAUCGAGGUCAUCGACGACGAUGCCGAGAACGGCUGGAGCAAUAAUACGGAUGAAGAUGCAUCCUUGGUGCGGGAAGUCAUAGGGUUCAUGAACGACGACAGUCUAAUCGACGUGGGCACGGGGUCGGCGAUGCGGUCCCUGCAGGCGCUUGCGAUGGAUGCCCUUGUGGAAGGUGCCGCGAUCCAAGGCAUGGUUGACUAG